UUAGCGGUUGUAAUACUGCGCUGAGAGUGAGUGAUCUCGACAAUUAGAGUAGAUCAGAGACGUGUCGAAGAAAAAACUAAAGGAAGACCUCUUCAAAAUAUUUCGUUAUGAAUGCUUUGCAACCCCAGAUAAGGAUUACUAUGUAAGCGCAUAUUUCGAAAAUUGGCUAGGCUAUUGCUUUGUGGUCCGCAGUUUGGAGAUCCUAAUACACCUGACCUACCACCACCACCACCACCGCUACCUACCUAUCUACCCAGCAGCAGUUGCAGAAGCUCUUGGAGUGAAAUAUCGUUACAAACUUGAAGAAAGAAACACGGAGUAAAGAUAGUUUGUCUGCUCUGCGACCGUAACGUCUCCUUGCAGAUUUUUGAGAAAUAAUCUAAUAAAGCACUUUCAGCAUGGACAUCCAUCCAGAAUGGCUUUUUUGAUACGGAAUAUCUCACUCGCCGGACAAUAGCACGGUGCUUCUCUGGAUUCCGCGUAACCUCUUAAUAUUUCUUGCCGUUUAAUUCUACUCUCUUGGAUAACACACACACACCGAUACUGCAUUCCUGAAAGCAGUUCCUCCUGAAGAAAUCAACCCUACUGAGGUGAAGUAUCCACAACACUGAAGAACCAUCCGCUGAUAGCCUACCGCUGGCAAGUUUACGCAGCUCUCCUUACGCGUGCUGUCUCCCAACCCACACUCUGAGGCGAGUGAAGAAAAAGAGAUAUUUGCCGUGGGCCACAUCUGAUGGUAGUCAGGACGGCCUGAUAUUUGUAUGGGUCUUUCUCAUCAUCCAAAGCUGCCGAGGCAGUCUCGUCAUCCUGGUUGGACAGCGCGAUCCUGUCAACUCUAACAUUUCGUCCCAUCCACUUGCGACCUGAUAGCACUACUAACGCCAAAGCCCUCUGUCAGACUGUAGUCUUCUGGCUCCCCUCCUUCUCUCUCUGUCCUUACUGGGGGAUGUGUGUAAUCUAACUGCCUGUGACCAACUAACUAUUAGACCGCAGCACUGCCUAACUUGGGGCACUCGGGGAGCGCCAUGGAGGACUAUGACGUGCGUUCGGCGGCCAGCAUCCUGGCCUCGGUGAAGGAGCAGGAGGCGCGCUUCGAGCGGCUGACCCGCGCCCUCGAGGAGGAGCGCCGCAACGUCUCGCUGCAGCUGGAGCGCGCCAACCUGCCGGCGGACCUCACCACGGCCGGCUGCACCACGGUGGCCGCCAGCCAACCGCUCGCCUGGCAGCAGGUGGUGAUGCAGGAGCAGAGCCCCAGUAACCAGACGUCUCUGGCCAUGAUGCAGGAGCCGCAGGAGAUGGUGGAGGAGACGGUCACCAUCGAGGAGGACCCAGGCACGCCCACUUCCCACGUGUCCGUGGUCACCUCCGAGGAUGGAACCACGCGCCGCACAGAGACCAAGGUGACCAAGGUCGUCAAAACGAUCACGCGCCGCACCUACCUGCCCGUGGGCCUGGCCGAGAGCCUCGGCGACUCCAAACUGACCACGCCCAUUCCCACGCCCUCCCCUACACCCACACCCACUCCGUCCGAGGCAGAGCCAGUGACUAAGACGGUGAAGACCGUGACCACGCGGACGGUCCGGCAGGUUCCGCUGGGGCCGGAUGGCCUGCCGCUGCCCGAGGGCUCCUCGCCGCUGGGCAGCUACACAGACUCCAUUGACCGGCGUUACCUGAAGAACGGCGACCGCUACAUCACGCCGCAGGCCAGUUCCACGCUCGGGCGCUCCUACAACAACUCCUCCUACAUCAGCGGCGACUCGUACGGCGACACGCCCAACAGCCAGUACGGCGGCAGCGUCGUCGGCACCCUCGGUGGAGGACACCACCACUACGGCCUGCACGAUGGCUACGGCGACAUUGCUGAAAACUACGGAAGCCUGUCGCGCGGCCUCAACUACCGGCCGCCGGCACGCUAUCCGCCCUACAUGGCCGGCGGCGGCGGAUACCGGCCUGAGAACAGCUACACGCUGCCCCACCGCAAGGACGACUACGGCCACGUGGCCCAGCCGCAGGUGCCCAUGGGCAGCAGCACGGUCGACCUGAACCGCUCGCAGCCCGAGCGUUUCCAGCCUGAGCCCUACGGCCUGGAGGACGACCGCCGCAGCCUGGGCCCCGACGACGAGGAGCCCUACGAGCUGGAGCCCGACUACUCCACCGCCAACCGACGCACCCUAGGCGCCGCCGACCGCGGACGCACCAUGAGGGAGCCGAUCAGAGAUGGACCCCGCAUCAGAGGGGCAUAUGAUGACCCGAUCGAGGCGGAGCUGAUUGACGAGCGCCACCCUUACAUCCAAGGCAUGUACCCGGCGCCGCUGGCACAGCCCGAGCGUGGCAGCAUGGCCAGCCUGGACCGCAUGGCCACCGUGGACCGCAUGGCCACCUUGGACCGCAUGGGCACCAUGGACCGCAUGGGCACCAUGGGCGGCCGCCGCUCGCCCUCGGUGGACAGCAUCCGCAAGGACCCGCGCUGGCGCGACCCGGACCUGCCCGAGGUCAUCGCCAUGCUGGAGCACCCCAUCGACCCGGUCAAGUCCAACGCGGCCGCCUACCUGCAGCACCUGUGCUACGAGAACGACAAGAUCAAGAAGGACGUGCGGCAGCUGAAGGGCAUCCCCGUGCUGGCGGGCCUGCUCGACCACCCCAAGCCCGAGGUGCACCGCAAGGCCUGCGGCGCGCUGCGCAACAUCUCCUACGGCAAGGACAACGACAACAAGGUGGCCAUCAAGAACUGCGACGGCAUCCCCGCACUCAUCCGUCUGCUGCGCAAGACCAACGACAUGGAGGUCCGCGAGCUCAUCACGGGAACACUGUGGAACCUGUCGUCCUAUGAGCCCCUGAAGAUGGUGAUCAUCAACCAUGGCCUGCAGACCAUGACCAACGAGGUGGUCAUCCCGCACUCGGGCUGGGAGCAUGAGCCCAACGAGGACUCCAAGCCGCGCGACGCCGAGUGGACCACCGUCUUCAAGAACACGUCCGGCUGCCUGAGGAACGUGAGCUCGGAUGGCGCUGAGGCCAGGCGCAGGCUCCGGGAGUGUGAGGGGCUGGUGGACGCGCUGCUCCACGCCCUGCAGUCGGCGGUGGGCAAGAAGGACAUGGACAACAAGUCGGUGGAGAACUGUGUGUGCAUCAUGAGGAACCUGUCCUACCACGUGCACAAGGAGGUGCCCGGGGCCGAGAGGUACCAGGACCCGUCCACCCUGCAGGCCCCUGGCUCGGCCGGCCUCCAGCGGAAGAAGAAGGACGACGCCGGCUGCUUCGGAGGCAAGAAGGCCAAAGAGGAGUGGUUUAAUCAAGGCCGGAAAAACGGCGAGAACGACAAAAGCUACGACACGCUGGAUCUCCCCAAGCGCACGGAACCAACAAAAGGCUUUGAGCUGCUGUACCAGCCGGAGGUGGUGCGGCUCUACCUGUCUCUGCUGACCGAGAGCCAGAACUACAACACACUGGAGGCCGCUGCCGGAGCCCUGCAGAAUCUCAGCGCCGGACAGUGGACCUGGUCGAACUACAUCCGUGCCACCGUGCGCAAGGAGAAGGGCCUGCCCAUCCUGGUGGAGCUUCUGCGCUCCGACUCCGAUAAGGUAGUGAGGGCCGUGGCUAUCGCGCUGCGUAACCUGUCCAUCGACCGCCGGAACAAAGACCUUAUAGGGAGUUAUGCCAUGAGGGACCUGGUCAGCAACCUGCCCAGCGGUCAGCAGCGGCCAGCCAAGAACCUGGAGGAGGACACGGUGGUGGCCAUCCUCAACACCAUCCACGAGAUCGUGACAGACAGCUCGGAGAACGCCCGCUCGCUCAUCACAGCGCAGGCCAUCGAGAAGCUGGUGGCCAUCAACAGGACAAGCCAGUCCCCACGGGAAACCAAGGCUGCUUCCCACGUGCUGCAGACGGUUUGGAGCUACAAGGAUCUGCGGAAUGCCCUGACCAAGGAUGGUUGGAACAAGACCCACUUCCAGCAGCCCACAGCAACCGGCGCUCCCAAGGGCUCCAAGAGUGGCAAACCUGGCUACGAUGACACCACCUUGCCCCUGAUGGAGAAGAACCAAGGCAACAAGAAAAGUGGCAGUGGUGAUAUGAUUCCUCUGGACGAGCUGGGUCCAGAUGGCUACUCCACUAUCGACCAGAGAGAUAAAGACUGCAAGUAUAAGACCGGAGACGGCUCGGGCGACGCCACCGAGAGGGAACCCUUAAAGAAUGACACAAAUAGGAAACACUAUAUCAGGAGCAACAGGCCCGCAGUCAAUCUGGUGGAUGCUUGUGAUGUUAAACCUCAGCCUGUUGACUCCUGGGUCUAAAUGCAUGCAUGGCCUAAAUAACAACAUCUCAGCUAGAAGAAGAUCUCGCAUACCACCACCACUGCCAUACAUCAUGGACCUCGAUUUGGAGUUGACUCAUCAGCAGACUAAAUGAAAGAAAGAGUGAAAAAGAGGAAAAAUACAAUCAUCCAGCAGCCAAUGUUUCAUUCUUUUCAGCAGAAUAUAUGACAUAAAUACUUUUAAAAGAAAAGAAAAAGACUUACACUUUUCAUAUCUACAUUCCCACUGGACAUAGAAGAAGUUCUCCUUUACUGAUGGGUGUGCUGAUGGCUCAGAUGGAAUUGACAGAAGUGUUGGAGAUGAGAAGGUGAAUUCAGGGAAGACAUUAUGAACGUGUGUUUGAAUGAAGGGGUCGGGGGACAGAAGAUUUAUAAUUAUUUUUUGUUAAUGUUAAUCUUGUUUUUGUUUGUACGUUUUAGUGUAUUGUUUUGUUUUGAUUUGUGCCGAGGCAUACAUUUCAAUUUUGGUUCUGUUGGUUUGUUUUUGUUUAUAUUUGAUUCUUCCUUCUUGUGUGGGAUUUCUGAUUUGAUGGACUGUGGUGAGGUGGGGCUUGGUGUUGGUAGAUGUUGGAGGGUUGAUGAAUGUUUUUGUGGUUUGAGUUUCGGGGGGGUACUGGAAGCUUCUAGUUACAUGCCAAGGGCACUGGGAAGAAAGAGUAAGAUGAAUACGGACUAAUGUCAUUUCAUAAACACACUCCGCAUACAUCGUUUCACUGUGUUUCUUUUCACUCUUCAAGUGAUAAUUUGCUGCGUGAAGUGAGUUUGGGGACCCAAGUGCCCCUAUUCAAAUAAGAGGAUUUUACAGUCACAGGUACCAGCCGGAAGUUGAAAACAGGAAAAAGCUGAAAGCUUGCUUGUGUUGUGAGUUUUGUGCCACGGGUUGUACGUAACCAAACAGUCAGCAUGACAUUUUUUGAGUCAGGAUGUUUUCAGAUUAGCAGGAAUCUUGGUUGAUUGCCAUGUACCUUACAAAUUACCACGAUCCUGGAUGAUUGCCAUGUGUGCUUUUCAAUGAGAUGUCCAAAAGGAGAAAAAGAGACUGAAAUUUUGUUUGUACAGAGUUUGUGUGAAGAAGAGCGCUAAGGGGAAUUAAACAGUCUGAAUCAAAGGGUAGAUUUUAAAGCAUUUUAUAUUUUUGUUGGUUUUAUAAAUGUAUAUUGGAAUCUGAAAAGAUGAAAAAGAAAAAAAAUACAAUCUUUAAACUGUCUAUACAUUGUCAGGUGAAAAUUCAUAACAUUUCAUUCUGGGAGUGCUUUCUGAUAAAGCAUCACCAUAUUUGUAAAAAAAAACUAAAAGCAGAGGAAAUAGUUGCUUAAGUUUAUCAAUCAUGUAGAGUCAUGCUGAGUACCUAUUUAUAUUUUGUAUUUUCAAAAAAAAUAAUCUUAAACUUUCGUUUAAGAAGUGGAUGAAUCCAUUCUUGAAUUGACAUGGCUGCCAAAAACUCACCAAGACAGUGGACGGACUUGACCCUUCAUCGCUCAUGAAUGAUGUAUGCAAGGGGAAGGGGACAGAUCAGUGUGGACAGAUGAACGGACAAGCUGUGUCAGCCUCAUUAUACUGCCGUCACGCAAACUUUUGCUUAGGCCAUCACAGUACAAACAACAUGCUUUGAUAUCGUCAGUGCAUCUUAACGUAAAUGAUGCAAGCAUGACAAAAUAUGUAAAGAUGUUUGUUAUUUCUGUUUUCUGAGUACUGGGUUUUUUGUGGUGUGGUUGAAUAUAGUCAUUCUUCACCAGAAAAAAAAAAAACAAGCAAACCCAGGGCAACGUCCAGCCCAUGUAAUAGAUAACGGUUAACAUGUUAAGAGUAGAAGAAUCUUAACAGAGACAAUAUUGUGUUUGGUUUAACAUUCUCUCCCACGAGAGAGACUGAACAAUAAACGAGUUCACCAGAAAGUCUGAGCAUCAGCUAAAAAGGGACAAGAGGUGAAAAGAUAAACAGUACACGUCACUAAAUAUCUCUGUAUUUGGGUUCUUCCUCAGUCUUCAAAUGGACACCCAGCCUAUAUAGGGUGUCCUGCAUUAUGGAAAACUCAAUCCAUGUGUCAGCUAGGCAAAUGGCAUGUGCCUGCAUUGAAGUCUGAGUUUUGUUUUUGUUCCAUUUUUUUUUUCUUUGUGAUGUGACUUUGUAAAGCUUGCUGUUUUUCUACAUAGUGUUAACAGAGACUUCUAAUGAAACAAAAUACAGUAUGUGUAUUAACUUUUUAAUUUUGAAAGAAAAACAAACGAGUGCUAUCCCCACGUUAUAUGGUCUUCAGUCCUGUGUGCUUACACUGGUAAACUCCUCUCUGUUUUAUUCCUGGCUGCCUUUCUGCAGUACACAACCAAAGGAUUUUGGGUUUGUUAACACAUAGUACAGUUACAGCACAUGCAAGAAAAAUCUAUACAGUAAGUCUGCUUAAGGCAUUUAAUCAGAGUGUACAUUUUUAAAAACACAAGUUGUGUUGGGCUGGACAUACAAUAUAUGACAAAGACCAGAAGAGCAAAAUCAGAAUAGAAGGACUUUUGUAGAUAUCACUAAUUCAAGGCGUCAGAGUAAAGUAAUUGUACAGCUUGGUAGCAAAUGUGUUUGUUACGAUCACGUGCCUUAACCUUUUUUCCAUGUUAGAUAAAAAAAAAAAGAUUAACAAUGUGUUUUCUAUGCUCUGUUUGUUGAGUCCUGUUUACCUGUUUUGUCACUGCUCGUCAGCACUUCCUCUUAUUUCUUUCCUUUCAGUCUCUCUCUCUUUCCCCUCUUCCUCCUCCUCUUCCCCCCUCACACUCACACAUUCACUCUCUCUCUGUCCUCAGUGUAGUCUAGAACUUUGGUGGCGUUUUGCCUUGUAUUACAAUGUAUUAUAAACUUUCAAAAAGAUAGACAUUAAAAAAGGGUUUGAUUUAAUAGAGGAGUAAGUUGUUAAUGCUUUGCUAUAGCGUUACGAGAGCGAAAACAAUGCCACAGUGACAGAAUGUAUUAUGUUAAUUUUACUAAUACCAAGAGGAAAUUAAAAAGCAAUGAAAAUACAGGUUUGUAGAGUAAUUUGGUGUGUUUUCAAUAAAUCAUGCCUGGAAAGAA